UCUACGCUUCACCAAAACAAAUUGCUCAAAUCAAAACCCUAAAGAUCAAAAUCAAUGGCUCUCUCCAAACUCACCUUCCUCACCCAUCUCAAAACCCUAACCACUCCUCGCUACCACCGCCACCCGCCGCCGUUCAUCACCUUCCGUUUCCUCUCCUUCGCUACUCCCGAAGAAGCCGCCGCCGAGCGUCGCCGUCGCAAACGCCGUCUCCGCAUCGAACCCCCUCUUUCCUCUCUCCACCGCUCCCAGCAACCACAACAACAACUACCCCCAAAACCCAUCCAAAACCCCAACGCCCCGAAACUCCCCGAAACCCUCGCCGCUGUCUCCGGCAACCGUCUCAACCUACACAACCGGAUCUUAACUCUCAUUCGCCAAAACGACCUCGAAGAAGCCGCACUCUUCACGCGACAUUCCGUGUACUCCAAUUGCCGUCCGACGAUUUUCACCGUUAACGCAGUUAUGACGGCGCAGCUCCGUCAGUCAAAGUACUCUGACCUUUUAUCUCUUCAUAGGUUCAUAACUCAAGCGGGUGUGGCCCCAAAUGUUAUUACUUAUAAUCUUUUGUUUCAAACUUAUUUAGAUUGUAAAAAACCUGACACUGCACUCGAACAUUACAAGCAGUUUAUAAAUGAUGCCCCUUUUAAUCCGUCACCAACGACUUAUCGGAUUUUAAUUAAGGGUUUGGUGGAUAAUGGGAAACUUGAGAAGGCCAUGGAAUUGAAGGAGGAGAUGUUAGCUAAGGGUCUUGUGGCAGACCCUGUUGUUUAUAGUUAUUUGAUGAUGGGUUGUGUUAGGAAUGAUGAUUCGGACGGGGUUUUCAGGCUUUAUGAGGAGUUGAAGGAGAAAUUGGGAGGUGUUGUGAGUGAUGGGGUUGUGUAUGGGAGCUUGAUAAAGGGUUAUUUUAUGAAGGGUAUGGAGGAGGAGGCAAUGUCGUGUUAUAACGAGGCUGUGGGGGAGAAUUCGAGUGUAAAAAUGAGCGCGGUUGCGUAUAAUAAUGUGCUUGAUGCUUUGUGUAAGAAUGGGAAGUUUGAUGAGGCUUUGAAGUUGUUUGAUAGGAUGAUUGGUGAGCAUAAUCCGCCUAAGAGGUUGGCAGUGAAUUUGGGGAGUUUUAAUGUGAUGGCUGAUGGGUAUUGCGCGGAAGGGAGGUUUGAGGAGGCUAUUGAGGUAUUUAGGAAGAUGGGUGAAUAUAGGUGCAGUCCUGAUACGUUGUCGUUUAAUAAUUUGAUUGAUCAGUUGUGUAAGAAUGGAAUGUUGGGUGAGGCNUAA